AUGUCCAUUGAUAGCUGCACGUUAAACAUGGCAAUUCCAAAAAUUGAAAAACAAGAACCUGUUGUUUUCGAUGCCUCCAUUAUUCAACAUCAAACCAACGUACCUUCUGAGUUCAUUUGGCCUGAACAUGAGAAGUCCUGCCUCGAGUCCCCGGAACUUGUAAUUCCUCCCAUUGACUUGGGAAGCUUUCUGUCCGGAGACCCUUCUGCUGUCUCAAAAGCUUUUCAGCUCAUUAAUGAGGCAUGCAGGAAGCAUGGCUUCUUUCUAAUUGUUAAUCAUGGUGUUGAUUCGGGACUUAUAGCUAAAGCUCAUGAGUAUAUGGACAAGUUCUUUGGUUUGUCACCAGCGGAGAAGCAAAGAGCUCAGAGAAAGUUAGGAGAACACUGUGGAUAUACUAGUAGCUUCACUGGCAGGUUCUCUUCCAAACUUCCGUGGAAAGAAACUCUCUCUUUUCGAUACUCUGAUGAUGAUCAGUUGUCCAACAUUGUCCAAGAAUAUUUCUUCAACGUCAUGGGAGAAGAAUUUGAAGAUUUUGGAAAGGUGUAUCAAGAAUACUGUGAAGCCAUGAACACUCUAGCCCUCAAGAUUAUGGAGCUUUUGGGAUUCAGUCUAGGUGCUGGCCGGGAAUACUUUAAAGAAUUCUUUAAGGGAAAUGAUUCCAUAAUGAGAUUAAAUAACUAUCCUCCCUGCCAGCAACCUCAUUUAACUCUCGGAACUGGGCCUCACUGUGACCCUACCUCCUUAACAAUCCUUCAUCAGGAUGAAGUUGGUGGCCUCCAAGUGUUAGUUGAUGAGAAAUGGCAUUUCGUUCGGCCCGAUCCUCAAGCUUUUGUUGUCAAUAUCGCCGACACAUUCAUGGCCCUAUCAAAUGGCAUUUUCAGGAGUUGCUUGCACAGAGCAGUGUUAAACAAUAAAACAGUUAGGAAAUCCAUUGCUUUCUUUCUGUGUCCAAACAUGGACAAGGUGGUGAAACUGCCGAAUAACUUGAUCGACUCCAACAAUCCAAGAAGAGCCUCUUCGCGGCCUCCACACAAUCGUCGGCGUCGGUCGUCGCUCUCCACGCAAUCGUCGGUCGUCGCUCUCCAGUCCAUCGGCUCUCUGCGCCGUCAGCAACUUGGUUGUCCUCAAUCCUCUGUCUUCCUCAGCCCUCAGUCUUCCUCAGUUCUCAGUCCUCAGUCCUCAUCAGCAACUGUAAAAGAUAUUUUGGAUUAUUCAGAGUCAAAUCAGAUUAAGAGCAUUGUUUUAUUAUUUGUUGUGGUUCUUCAUAAAUCUGGUUUUCGAGAACAAUUUGAUAUUGGAAAUUGA